GGGGCAAUAGCGACUCAUUCUCUGUCAGGUGCAUUUCUUGAAGCCACAAUUGGUGAUCUGUAGCAUUGAUGACCUUCUCCCUCAUUAUGCAAAUAUGAUGCAUUUAAACAAACUUUUUUUUGUACUUAAAGACCAGCCACAUUAAUCGGUUGUCCACUUUGCUAAUGGGAAGGAUCUGAGUAUUUUGUUUGACACCAUUUCAUUCAUUAACCUCAUGUGAAAUCGACCGGGUGGGUUGGCUGCUGACUGUACUCGCGCUUUGGCAGGCAAGUAAACAAUUCCCCGCGCCAAAAUGCAUUGCUAGAUUCACAACACAUUGACUAAACUCUAGGCCAAAACAUUGGAGACAGCGUUCUUGCACUAAAGGGUAAAAACUGUACCUACAAAAACACCUUCCCUCAAAUAGGCAAAAUAAACAGUUCAAAUAAUUAGAAUGGGGUUACAGAUUGGCUAACUUGCUGGAUAGCUAUGCUGUGGGAUUGCUAAAACUAGCUAGUAGUAGCUAGCUAUAGCGUUGGCUCGUUGUUAGCCUUGGUUAGUGUUGUAGUGCAUAGUUGGUCUGGCCAUCUUAAGUUCGGUAUUUUUAUUUGAAUAAUGUAGAUUCCCACAUGAGCUGAAUAAGAAAUUGACAUCAAUACGGUGCGUUUUCUGUCAAUCUCACAGAUAAUUCAAAUGAACAAACGAUGUAGGGGCACGCAUGCGCCCCAUCACCGCCCACCCCAGCUUGAGCCGCCCGAAAACAAACACGAAGGAGGAGGGGAAAACGUCGGGUAGCUGCGCUACACAACAAAGACAACGGCAGCAUCUCCAAACUCAGGCGGGGGAGUCUUGGUAAAACAGAAUAAUACGACUCACAUAGAGAAGUCACUCCCCUUUCGUGUCAACCUGCCUCCAUAAAUACUGACAUUCAGACCCCUGGGGGAAAGUUAAAGAGAGAUGUGUAUGUAUGCAUGAGAGCGAGAGGAUCACAGGAACACAGAGACAGCACCGUCUUCAAAGUAACUGAAGUUUAACACAGGACAAAGGACUGAUCUGCAGUGAGCUGUCCCUCCACCACAUUUCAAGUUACACCGUUUGUCAAGUUGUGAUGGCUUCCAGUCUGCUGUCCUUCGUCCUCCUGGUUCUUCUCACCUGCACGGCCAUGGCUGCCGAACCCCCCGGCUGCAAGAUCCGCAUCACCAACAAGGGCCUCCAGAUGUUGAAGUAUGAGACUCAGAAGUUUGUGGAGGAGGAGCUCAGCAACAUCACCAUGCCCGAGAUGAAAGGAAAGGAAGGCCGCUUCCAAUACACCAUCAAGGAAGUGAAGAUCACCGAGCUAAACCUGACUCACGCUGACCUCAGGUUCCAGCCCGACCUGGGCCUGCUCUUUGAGGUGCAGAACUCCUCCAUCGCUCUCAGCUUCGAGAGACGCAUCCUCUACUGGUUCUUCUUUGACACAGGCUCCAUCAACGCUUCUGCAGAAGGCGUGAACAUCCACACGGCCCUCCACCUCAUCAGAGAUGAGCAGGGACGCCUCAAGAUCAACAACAUCACCUGUGACGCCUCCAUUGCCAAAAUGCGCGCCAAGUUUGAUGGCACCUUAGGGAGGGUUUAUGACUUCAUAGCAACUUUCCUAACCACAGGAAUGCGCUUUCUUCUCAACCAACAGAUCUGUCCUGCCCUGAAUCAUGCCAGUUUGGUUUCGAUCAACACUUUGUUGGAGACAAUUCCAGUGCGAACUGAAGUGGACAGUUAUAUCGGAAUUGACUACUCACUUCUGAGUGAUCCUGUGGUAACCUCGAGGAGUCUUGACAUGGACUUCAGGGGCAUGUUCUAUAACCUGAAAGAUGAGAACAACACUCUGGUCAACUACGCCGUCGACCCUGUCAUGAGGGAGUACGACCGCAUGGUGUACAUGGCUCUCUCCGAGUACUUCUUUGACAGUGGCAUGUUCUCCUACUACAAGGGGGGCGCCUUCCAGAUGCUGCUUGCCAAUGACAGGAUGUCAAAGGACCUAGAGUUGCUCCUCAGGACUACCUACUUUGGCUCCAUUAUGAUGAUGAACCCAGCUCUGGUGGACGCGCCUCUCUCCUUGCAUCUGGCCGUGACCUCAGCGCCCCGCACCACCAUCAAGACGUCGGGAGCAACCGUUGUCGUGAACGCCAUUGUUAAGGUGAUGCUGCUGCCGCCUGGCCUGCCACCUGUUCAGCUCACCAGCAUGACCAUGGAGGCCAAGUUCAAUGCCAAGGUGUCAAUGAAAGGCAAAAGGCUGGCGGUUAAUGCUGACUUGCGGAAGUUUAAGAUCUUCUCCAAUCAGUCUGCUCUGGAAUCACUGGCACUCAUUCCCCUACAAGGUCCUCUGAAGACCAUGCUACAGAUCUCUGUGGUACCACUCAUCAACAACUGGACCAAAAAAGGGGUCCAGAUACCUCUGGCAGAUGGGAUUGACUUCAUAGAGGAAGUGGUGGAGUACCACAAUGGUUACCUCAUCAUCGGAGCCAACCUGCACUUCAGCCGAGGUCUGAGGGAUAUGAUUGAGAGGAAGAUCCAGGAAAAAAAAGAUGAGAGCGUCUAGACAGAAUUCUGACAGGCACCAAGUAGAGAGCACAGCAGCACUCCUGUACCCUGAUGGGUUUAUGUGGUCCAAUGAUGUGUUGUUUUUUUUUACUAUGUCUCACAUGUAUAGCACAUUCUACUGUAAGAAUAAAUGAUGCAAACGUUUCGUGUACUUUACCAUGUCGAUCUCCAACCCAUAAGUACGAACAGUUCAGUGACAAUCAUGCUAAUGUAACGAUGAAUGUAAUGCAACCUGGGAACCUUAGUGAUUACUGCACAACUGUUUUAAACCUCAGUCAUGCAUUUAUGUAAUGUCAUUCUGUAAGAAGAACCAAUUAAAGUGUCAACUAAA